UGGAAGGUUAUCCACCAGGUUCUAUUCACGUUUUUUUUCACUUUUGCAAUUUUAAGAUGUUUGUUUAAAAAAAUAGUAAUGUUUUAUUUAAAAUAUAUGUAAAUAAAUAUAAAACGUGGUUGACCGGAUUUUUAAAAAUGAAAGUCUUAACUUUCUUGGGUUACGGGCGUUCUUUGACUAUUUUCAAAAGAUUUGUAAAUACAGCCCCUGCGUAUGUAAAGCAUCAGAAUGAUGUAUUCACAGCAGAAGCGAACAGGCAGAUGCACAACGUCGGACGUAUCGAGAAGGUUGAAAUAUCCUACGACGGCUUACCGGAAAAAGCUACGUUGUACAUGAACAGAAACAUUUCAACGCCUCAUGAUGUCGCAUUACAUAUAUCGCAGUUUGUCGCUGGUAGAAGCGCAUUGGCGAUUGUGGACAAUCAAACGCCAUGGGAUAUGCACAGGCCAUUUGAAGAGUCGUGCCAUCUUAACUUUCUCGGUUUUAACGACUCGGACCCUUACCUGGUGAACAAGGCGUUUUGGAAAUCUUGCUCGUUUCUUCUCGGCGCUGUGAUCAACACGGCGUUCUCCGACCAUAUCAAAGUCACCCUUCACAGCUUCCCUUCCCCGCAAAUAACGAGCGGGAGUUUUCUGUACGAUGCUAGUUUAUCGCUGGACGACUGGAACCCGACUAAGAAUGAGCUACGAGUCCUUUCUGCAGAAAUGGCCAAAUUAGUCAAUCAGAGUCUACCAUUCGAAAGGCUUCAAGUCUCCGAGGAAAUGGCCAAGGAAAUAUUUUCCGAUAAUAAGUUUAAACUUCAACAAAUACCGAAUAUAGCCAAUAAAUCAGAUGGCCAUAUAACACUUUAUCGAGUCGGAACGCACAUAGAUAUCAGCAAGGGGCCACUCGUAGGUAACUCAUCUUUCAUCGGAAGGUGUACGAUUGCUGCUGUCCAUAAAAUCGAGAGCGAGGAUGGAGUCUUGUUUAGGUUCCAAGGAGUUGCCCUCCCUAAAGGACUUUUACUUAAUCAGUUUGCUUAUAAAAUCAUAGAGGAACGAGCCGCAAAACUGAAUAAAUCUACCUUCACAGAACCCUCACUGGAAGAACAGCUUGCGUAAAUUUUCCUCGUGUAUUUUUAUAGUCAUUUAUAAAUAAAUAUUAAUUCUUUUUUUA